UCCUCCUCCCUGCUCCCUCCUCCUUCUCUUCUCUUCCUCUUCUUCCUGGGGCUGCCGGUCCCGCCGCCGUUGCCGUUUCUUGGGAACGCUCCAAGCUUGGAGCCGGCCACGGGCAGAACCUGCCCAGGCCCCCACAUAGCUCUGGGAGGGAGUAGCGGUUCGGCUCGCUCCUCCUAGUCUCCCUUUGGCUUCCUCUGCCCCAAAGGGUUGCAAAGCCAUUUCCCCUGAGUCGUCUCCCCCUCUCCCCACUGCGGGCUGAUCCCAGACCUCCUCAGCGGGAGGUCAGAGAUUCACCUCUCUUCACACACCCCGCUCCCCCCAAACUCCGGAACACUCCGCCCCCUUUUCCUCUUGGUUAGCCUGCCGCCCCCACCUGUCACCAGUCUAGGGUGACCACCAGGCUCUCAUUGCUCAGACAGGGACUCGAGGCAGGCUGUGCACCCUAACAUCAUACUCCCAACAGCCCCCCUCUUCCAUCUUCUCAGCCCCCCAUCUCUCCACCAUUUCCUCCUUCCUUCCUCCUAACCCCCUCACUAUCUCCUGACCUCCCACUCUCUUCCUUCGUCUCUCCUUCCUCCUCCUCCCUCCCAACCUGUUCCUCCUGUCUCCAUCCUUCUUCCCCACUCUGCCCCCCAUCCUCUUCCUGUUUAUUCCCUCCCCCAUCCUUCUGUUUCCUCCCUCCCUCCAUUCAUCACUUUUCCCAUUCUCUGGUUCUUCACUCCACAUUCAUGCCUUCCAGAGGGGCAGGGAGUACCUUUCUUCCACCCCCUACCCGAAGGAUGUGAGCCCAGUGGUCGGUAAUGCUGUGGCUGGCCCUUGGCCCUUCUCAUGCCAUGGAGAACCAGGUGCUGGUGAUUCGAAUCAAGAUCCCAGAUGGUGGAGCUGUGGACUGGACAGUGCACUCUGGGCCUCAGUUGCUUUUCCGGGAUGUGCUGGAUGUGAUAGGCCAGGUUUUGCCCGAUGCAACAACUACAGCAUUUGAAUAUGAAGAUGAGGAUGGUGAUCGCAUUACUGUGAGAAGUGAUGAAGAAAUGAAGGCCAUGCUGUCAUAUUAUUAUUCCACAGUAAUGGAACAGCAAGUAAAUGGACAGUUAAUAGAGCCUCUGCAGAUAUUUCCAAGAGCCUGCAAGCCUCCUGGGAAACGGAACAUACAUGGCCUGAAGGUGAAUACACGCGCUGGGCCCUCUCAUCAUAGCAGCCCAGCAGUUUCAGAUUCACUUCCAAGCAAUAGCUUAAAGAAGUCUUCUGCUGAAUUGAAAAAAAUUUUAGCCAAUGGCCAGAUGAAUGAACAAGACAUACGGUAUCGAGACACCCUCGGUCAUGGCAAUGGAGGCACAGUCUACAAAGCAUAUCAUGUCCCAAGUGGAAAAAUAUUAGCUGUAAAGGUGAUAUUGCUAGAUAUUACACUGGAACUUCAAAAACAAAUUAUGUCAGAAUUGGAAAUUCUUUAUAAGUGUGAUUCAUCAUAUAUUAUAGGAUUUUAUGGUGCAUUUUUUGUAGAAAACAGGAUUUCAAUAUGUACAGAAUUCAUGGAUGGGGGAUCUUUGGAUGUGUAUAGGAAAAUUCCAGAGCAUGUCCUGGGAAGAAUUGCAGUAGCAGUUGUUAAAGGCCUAACCUACCUGUGGAGUUUAAAGAUAUUACAUAGAGAUGUGAAGCCUUCCAAUAUGUUGGUGAACACAAGAGGACAGGUCAAGCUGUGUGAUUUUGGAGUUAGCACUCAGCUGGUGAAUUCUAUAGCCAAGACGUAUGUUGGAACAAAUGCUUAUAUGGCGCCUGAAAGAAUUUCAGGGGAGCAAUAUGGAAUCCAUUCAGAUGUUUGGAGCUUAGGAAUCUCUUUCAUGGAGCUUGCUCUUGGGAGGUUUCCAUAUCCUCAGAUUCAGAAAAACCAGGGAUCUUUAAUGCCUCUCCAGCUACUGCAGUGCAUUGUUGAUGAGGAUUCGCCAGUCCUUCCGGUUGGAGAGUUCUCCGAACCAUUUGUACACUUCAUCACUCAGUGCAUGAAGAAGCAGCCAAAAGAAAGGCCGGCACCUGAGGAUUUGAUGGGCCACCCAUUUAUCAUGCAGUACAAUGAUGGGAAUGCUGAAGUGGUCUCCAUGUGGGUGUGCAGGAUGCUGGAGGAGAGACGGACCCAGCAGGGGCCCCAGUGAGCAGGGAGAUUUCAAAAAGGAGCCAUAGAAAGAAAAUCCUGCCACUGACUUUUAAAAAUAGAAAUCCGCAAUCUAUCGUGUCGUCAUUAUGCUCACUACACAGCGUUAUUUCCAAGCACCAGAAGAGCCUGGGGGAGCACCAUACCUUCCGAGUCGGAGGGAAUUCAGCAGAACUCCUUGUUGCCUUCUAUGCUGUCUCACUGACUAACCUUCGGGGACCUGGAUCCCCAGGACAUAGCCUCCAGCCACAAGUCGGCCAUUUGGGCAGCCAAAUGUGUCCAUUUCAGCCCUAUGAAAUUAUUGAACCUGAAUCUUUUGCUACUAAAUAAAUGACAGAGUGAUGGGCCCAGGGACCCUGGAUAUUCCCGUUUCCUUUAUGGCCUUUUCUGAUAUUUUUUGGCUUUGUUGUAUUUUUUUAAAUGAGAAAAGAGUAGGGGGAAGGGAAAGGGAUUGGAACUCCCAAGAAAGGAAAGCUUCACUGUGUCAUAUAAUAACAAUAAAAGCAUUACAACUUUUUACCACCUCA